AUGAACGGCGGCGGCGGCGGCGGCGGGAGGCGGCGGCGGCGGCUGGUGGCGGCGGCGGCGGGGCCUUCCUCCUCCUGCAACUCCUCGUCCUGCUGCUCGUGGUCCCGGGGCUCGUCGUCGCGGGCGGCGCUGCUGGGGCUGUGGGUGCUGCUGGCGGCGGCGGCCUCGUCGGCGGCGGCGCUGGCCAAGGAGACGGCCUUCGUGGAGGUGGUGCUCUUCGAGUCCAGCCCCGGCGGCGACUACACCACCUACACCACCGGGCUGCAAGGCCGCUUCUCCCGCGCCGGAGCCACGCUCAGCGCCGAGGGGGAGAUCGUCCAGAUGCAUCCACUGGGCCUCUGCAAUAGCAAUGAUGAAGAGGAUUUGUAUGAAUAUGGCUGGGUUGGAGUCGUGAAACUGGAGCAGCCCGAGCUGGAACCCAAGCCCUGCCUCACUGUUCUGGGCAAGGCAAACCGGGCUCGUAAGAACUGGGCGUUGUCGAGUGCGGGUUAA